GAAAAAAAGGAUAUAGUUCCUUGGAAAUGAGUCAGUGUGUUCCCAGUUGGGAUGUGGACGAUAAUCAUGCCACCAGCCGCCACUCCCUCCGCUCUAACUCCAACUUCACCGCCGCCGAUGUACAUACGUCGGACUAUGAAGUAGCGGAAUUAACAUGGGAAAAUGGCCAACUAGCCAUGCAUGGUUUAGGUCCGGCACGUGUUCCGGCUAAGCCCUUGAUUUCCAACGCUCCUUCUAAGUACAAUACUUGGGAUAAGCCACGGGCUAAUGGCACUUUGGAGUCCAUAGUGAACCAGGCCACUCGUGUUCCGUAUCUUAAGGUUUCUCUUCACGGCGGAGGGGAUGAAAUUGUACCCUGUUUAGACCAACGCCGUUCUGCGGCGGAUGCUUUGGUUCCUUGCUCGAAAAGGUCGUCGGAGGAUAACUGGACUCCGGGAAUCGGAAGAUCUCGCUUGGGGGGAUGCUCUACUAAGGUGGGAUCCUGUAGUGUGCCGGCCGGUACACAAGACGAUGAUAUACUCGUCACCGGGAAAUGCACACGGGCGGCGGCGGGUUGUGUUCCUGUAACACCGGAGUGGAGCGGCAAAAAACAAAGCGCAAGCGCCAGUGCCACGUUAGGGAGAGAGAGCCACCAAUACGUUACUUUUGAUACGUAUGAGAAAGAUUUGGGCGUGGGCUUUACUUCUAAUUCCUUUGGUUCCCCGGAAAACACAAGCUCUACAAAACCCUGUACCAGAGACACCACCACCGCCGCCGAUGAUCACGACUCUGUUUGUCACAGUACACCCCAGGGGGAGAGAAUGGAGGAGGAGAAGAAGGAAACUGGGAAAGCUUCAGUUUUAAAUAAAAGAUGCAGAGCUGCUGCCAUCCAUAACCAGUCUGAACGUAAAAGAAGAGACAAGAUAAACCAAAGGAUGAAGACAUUACAGAAGCUGGUUCCCAAUUCUAGCAAGACCGACAAAGCUUCGAUGCUAGACGAAGUGAUUGACUAUCUGAAACAACUGCAAGCACAAGUUCACUUGAUGAACAGGAUGAACAUACCACCACCAAUGAUGUUGCCGAUGGCAAUGCAACAGCACCCCCAAAUGUCGGUGAUGGCUCCGGCGAUGGGGAUGGGCAUGGGUUUUAUGGAUAUGAGCGGUAUCGUCCGUCCCAACAUGGUGGGCAUCUCGCCCGUUAUGCCUAAUCCUUUGAUGAAUAUGACUUCCUGGGAUGGUUCCGGUGAGCGGUUACACCAAGCUGCCUCUGCAAUGCCGGACCCUCUUUCCUUGUUCUUGGCGUGCCAAUCACAGCCGAUGACCAUGGAUGCUUACAGCCGGCUGGCCGCUAUUUAUCAGCAAAUGCAACAACCACCGGCGUCUGGUUCUAAGAGCUAAGCUUCAAACCAUUAC